UCCUCGAUCCAUUUUAUUUUAUGAGAUAUCGAUAAAAUGCCAAGUAGAAACUGCCGUUACUGCAAGUUUAGUUGUACCUUCUGUUGUGCAUUUGAUAACCCACCUCCGUGAUAUAAAAAGUGAAGUUAAAUUUGUGGCCGACUAGUGCAACAAUUACAAUCAUCUCUUGAAAAGCGAUUCUGUGGUAUAAUAAAACGAUUAAAUCAAGCUGAUGCUAUCACUGAUGAAAAUUAUCGGGAUCCAUUGUACCUCAUGGCCGCAGUGCUCGAUUCUGCAUUCAAAUUCUUCUGGGUUCGUGAUUUACAAUUGUCCGUUCAAAUGGAAAAUCGAUUAAAACAACAUAUUAUUCAAUUAAUUAUUGAUGAAAUGAAUAAAGAACCAAUUGUAUCAUCAGGACAUUUUAAUAAGAUCAGUUCUGCAAGAACAUCAACAUGUUCUGCGUCAACACCUAAAGCCAAGUGCCGCAAAUUGUUUGAUUACGAUAAUGUUAAUGAUGCUGAUUAA